GAGUACAACUAUCCAAUCCAUUAGAAAAAGACGACAAAACCCUCUCUUGUAUAUCUUUAUUUUUCGUUCAGUCAGUCACACAGUAGAGCAAAAAAAAAUUAUACAAUUAAACAACAAGAGAAAUUUUUUUUUGUCUAUCGUAUAAUAUCGUCGUUCGAUUUUUCAGUGUUUAGUUUUUUUUUUGAUUUUUUUGAUUAUUCUGUGUGAUAGUUCGAUGUGUUCUUCUCUCACCUCUCUCGGUUUUUUUUUUAGUUUUUGUGAUCGUGUCGCAUAGAAUUUCAUUUGCCAUUUGCUCAAAAUAAAACACACGAGAAGAAGUAAAAAAAAAACACACACACACAGCGAGCGAGUGAAGUAGAAGCAAAGCAAAAAAAAAAUUGAUUCGUAAAAGAAAAGAAAAAAGAAAUAAUUUCAUGUGAGAGGGAGAGAAAAGCAAAUGAAAUCUAUUUCAGCUUUGUUCACUUCGGUUUCACCAGUUAUAAUCUCGUUGCUCUCUCUCGUGCAAGACUCAAACAGCAAGAAAUCACAGUCCGCGCGUUUGACGAAAGCCAAAAAAGAAUCGACGAAAAACUAGAAACACAUCAACAGAAACGAAGGUGAAAAAAAAACGAAGAGAAAAGAACCACCUCAUUCAAAGGCAAAUCUUUUUAAAGCAGCCCAUUUGCAUUUUUGGUUGUUGUGUGUGUGUGUGUGUUGUGAAAUGGCAAUCAUAUAGAAAAGAGAGAAAGAAAAAUAAACCAACGACGAAACAGAAACAAAAGCACAUAACAUAGUUGUGCAGAAGAAUCUGAGCUAUUCACGGCAAAAGUAUUAAAUUAUGCAAACUUCAGCUAUCAAUAAUAUAGUGGAUUUGAUUAAUAAAAGAAUAGCGGUGGUGGUGUGGCGGCAGAUCAAUAGAGGAGAGAAAAAACGAGGAAUUUUUACACCAUCAGCAACUUGGAAUGUUUGUUGUGUGAUGCGAAAAUGAUUUUGUUCACGAUAAAAUCGUUCAAAGUAGAAAUGUGAUGUGCGUGUGUUUGUGUUUGUGUCGAACGGAUGUCAAAAAUCCGAAGCAACAAAUUUUUUUGGUUGAUUUUAUGGUUGAUAAAUUUUGGCAUCGAGAAAAAUUAAGACGCAUUUGAAGAAAUCUCACGCCGAAUCACGAACUAUAUAUUUGCGAAGACGUGAAUUGGACGAACAAUUUAGGCCCUGAUGUAUUCAUAAUCGAAAUUGCGCGGCGGCACACUAAACAACAACAACAACCACACACAAAACAGAAGAGAUAAAUAACAACAACAACAAGCUAGCAAAACACUGAACCCAAAAACCGUCAAACCGAUAUUCAACUCGUGGUGCAUUGGUACGGAAUACCAUACGGAAAAUAUGUUUAAAAACUUCCGUUCAAUAUGUCUGAUGUAAAAGCCGAUAAUAUUAUGAGAGAAAUGCCUGCUGCUGUAUCUGGUUUGAAGCGUCUCCGUCAAUUAGAAUCAAUAAUUAUCGAAAAUGGUGCGUCUAGCGUUCUAUUGAGCACAGGCAACAACGAUGAAAAGUGUACCAAUGCAUCGCUCGUCCAUCCAGGUAAAACAUUAUCGGUUGAGGCGCUACUUGAUGCCCUGAUUGUGCUAUACGAUGAGUGCUGUAAUUCAUCGCUGCGGCGCGAAAAAACCGUCAACGAUUUUAUUGAAUUGGUCAAGCCGGUCAUUCAAUUAAUCAAAAAUUUACGCUUGAGCCGAGAUGAUUUUGAGGUGCUGAAAGUGAUUGGACGCGGCGCAUUUGGUGAAGUAUGCGUCGUACGAAUGACAUCCACCAAUCAAGUAUUUGCCAUGAAAAUUUUAAACAAAUGGGAAAUGCUCAAGCGUGCUGAAACGGCUUGUUUUCGGGAAGAACGAGACGUGUUGGUGUAUGGCGAUAAGCAAUGGAUUACGAAUUUACACUAUGCAUUUCAAGAUGAAACCAAUUUGUAUCUUGUAAUGGACUACUAUUGUGGUGGUGAUCUAUUGACGUUGCUGAGCAAAUUCGAGGAUCGUUUGCCCGAAGAUAUGGCGCGAUUUUAUAUAACCGAAAUGGUGCUCGCCAUCGCUAGCAUACAUCGUUUACGAUAUGUGCAUCGUGACAUCAAACCGGAUAAUUUAGUAUUAGAUGUAAGUGGACACAUUCGCUUGGCCGAUUUUGGAUCGUGUUUGAAAUUAGGUGCAAACGGAACUGUGCAAUCGAAUGUAGCGGUCGGUACACCCGAUUACAUUUCGCCAGAAAUACUUCGUGCCAUGGAAGAUGGACAGGGUCGUUAUGGGCCCGAAUGUGAUUGGUGGUCGUUGGGCGUGUGCAUGUACGAAAUGCUAUACGGUGAAACGCCAUUUUAUGCGGAAAGUUUGGUCGAAACCUAUGGAAAAAUUAUGAAUCAUAAAAAUUGCUUUGAUUUUCCGGCCGACGACGGUAGCGACUAUCAAGUGAGUGAAAAUGCAAAAGAUUUAAUGCGACGAUUGAUUUGCCCGCCCGAAUUUCGUCUCGGUCAAAAUGGCAUUGACGAUUUCAAAUCGCAUGCGUGGUUUGAAGGUGUCGAUUGGGAAAAUAUUCGUUCGGGACAAGCGCCAUAUAUACCUGAAGUAUCAAGUCCAACGGACACAUCAAAUUUUGAUGUUGAUGACAAUGAUGUACGCUUAUCGGAUGCCGUACCACCGGCCGCCAAUCCAGCAUUUAGCGGUCUUCAUUUGCCAUUCAUCGGUUUUACAUUCACGCAAUCCAGUUGCUUGUCCGACGUUGGUAAAAUCACGCGAACCAAUGAAAUCCAAAAUAAUGAUCUGCAAAAUGAAUCGGAUGCCGUGGACAAUAACAUCGAUAUCCAUUCAAGUUCGGAAGCAUUGCAACAUUAUAAAGAACAAAUCGAUGCGUUGACCGAACGAAAUCGUGAACUCGAUAGCAAAGUGAAGGUACUUGAACUGAACGAAAGCCAAUUGAAAGCCGUAUCGAAUGCGGCCGCCGAUGCACAAGCGAAUGGUCAGCUGGAGGCGAAAAUAAUGGAGCUCGAAAAGUUGGUGCGUCAAUUGAAUACGGAAAAAGAAGAAUUGGCCCGUGAUAGAAGCGACUCACAUGAUCGCCUCAGCCUACAGGACAAAGAACUCAACGAUGCGCUUAGUCAACGGAAAAUUGCAAUGGCCGAAUAUGCUGAAGUUACCGACAAAUUGUCCGAGCUGCGCACACAAAAGCAAAAGCUAUCGCGUCAAGUGCGCGACAAAGAAGAGGAGCUCGAGAAUGCAAUGCAUAAAAUUGAUACGCUUCGCAAUGAUAUGCGCAAAAUGGAGAAGAGCCGUCGAGAAUAUGAGAGUCGGAUCGAGGACGUUAUUGCCGAAGCAACAAAGGAACGCAAACUUAGAGAACGAUCCGAAGAGUAUUGUCGACAGCUGCAGAUGGAAGUAAGAUCUCGUACCACAUCAGAUCUAGGCUCGUCUUCUUCAUUGGGCAUGUCAUCGGAUUCAUCUCGAAUGGAAGUGGAACGAUUAGAAGUGCAAUUUAGUGAAAAAUUGAAUCAGCAACAAGCGCGUUACAAUAUUGAAUUGACGGCACUGCGUGAUCAAUUGCUUGAGGCGGAAACGCAACGUGACAUGAUGCAAAGAGAGAUGCAACAAUUGCGUGAACGACUGGAUUCAUCACGCAUUGAAUCGAUUACCGAUUCGGAAGAGACAAUCUCAGAAUUGCGUAAACGUCAUGAGCGUGAAAUGAAAAUUUUGCUCGACGACAACCGUAAAUUAAUCAAUGAAUUGGACGUUGUGAGUGAAACAAAUCGUCGCAUGCAAGCCGAACGCAUGCAAAUCGAAAAUGAUUACGAAGAGCUUCGUAGCAAACGGCAAGCAAUUCAUCAAUGGGAACGGCAAAUAUCUGAAGUCGUGCAAUGGAUAUCCGAUGACAAUGAUGCAAGAGCCUAUCUUCAAGCAUUGGCUGCAAAAAUGAGCGAAGAACUAGAUUAUAUUAAGCAUUCAGGUUCUCUUCAUCAGCAUACCUCGGACAAAAACUGGCGUAAUCGCCGUUCACAAAAAUUAGACAAAAUGGAAUUAUUGAAUUUGCAAAGCUCAUUGCAAAGCGAAAUACAGGCUAAGGCAGCCAUAUCAGAAGAGCUUAGCCGAACCCGAGCCGAUUUGAUGGCAGCACAAAAAGAUUUACGCGAAACGCGACAACGAUUCGAUUCGGUGGGUAGUGAAAUUAAGCGGAAAGAUAACCAAAUCCGUGAGCUACAGCAAAGGCUGGAAUUAAACGAAGGCUUCCUUGAGAGACCGUCGUCGCAGAUGUCCUAUCUGGAUCAUUUCUUGAAGGAAUCAGGCAGCACGACCAACACCACGCACACCACAUCUUCAACCAUUGCAAUUAAUAUGCUACCAUCAUCGAAUUCGAUAUCACAACCGUUUCAAGGAAAUCUUCAGAAUCAAUCAUCGACCAGUUCGUCAUCCAAUAAUAUCCACAGUCAGCAUUAUCAGUCACAAACACAAGUAUAUGCAAAUCAACAAACACCGCAAGCACAACAGAAAAUGGCUCAACCACAAACACCACAACAACAUGCAAACACAAAUCCAUUCACGCAGCCACAAAUGAUGCUUCAUCGUUCGGGAUAUUCGAUGGAGAGUGAAGAGGGUGACAUUGAGGAUAAUCCAGUUCACAGUUUGUCCAGCUCGAAGAGUAAUUUGAGCGAAAAUUCACUGGAUCAACAUAGCGUGCACAGUACGAUGAUCCAAAAGCCGAAGAUGCAUCAAUUUUUGGUGCGAACAUUCAGCAGUCCGACCAAAUGCAAUCAUUGCACAUCGCUAAUGGUUGGCCUGACACGACAGGGUGUUGUUUGUGAAUUGUGCGGUUUUGCAUGUCACACCAUUUGUUGUCAGAAAGUUCCUACCACGUGUCCAGUGCCAUCCGAUCAAACAAAGCGACCGCUUGGAAUUGACCCAACACGUGGCAUUGGCACGGCAUACGAAGGCUAUGUCAAAGUACCGAAAAUGGGCGCGGUGAAACGCGGCUGGGUCCGUCAAUUUGUUGUUGUUUGUGAUUUUAAACUAUUUCUGUACGAUAUAACAGCCGAUCGAAGUGCUUUGCCCAGUGUGCAUGUGUCACAGGUAUUGGAUAUGCGAGAUCCAGAGUUUGCCGUAACUGGUGUACGAGAAAGUGAUGUCAUUCACGCGGCGAAGAAAGAUGUUCCAUGCAUUUUCCGGAUUACAACAUCGUUGAUCGAUGGUGGCCUACCAUCACAUACGCUAAUGUUGGCUGACACCGAAUCGGAGAAAGCCAAAUGGGUGGUCGCUUUGAGCGAGUUGCAUCGCAUUCUUAAGCGAAACAAUUUACCAAAUACAGCCAUAUUCCGUGUGCGUGAAGUAUUAGACAGCAGUUUGUCGGUGCUUCGUGGUGCUCAAAGUGCGCUUAUCAUCGAUCCAGACAGAAUAUUGCUUGGUACUGAAGAUGGCCUAUUCUGUUUGGAUUUGGACAGAAGUGAAAUGGCGCGCAUUGGCGAAAGUAAGAAAAUAAUUCAAUUAUGGCACAUCGUUGAGGAGCAAAUAUUGGUGGUGUUGUGUGGCAAACAGCGGCACGUACGUUUACUACCGAUACGUGCACUUGAAGCCACCGACGUAGAAUGGAUUAAGGUGAUCGACUCAAAGAAUUGCAUAACGGCUUGCAUUGGUAUCAUACGCCGAAAUCCGCAGCCCGUUUAUUGUAUUUGCAUCGCAUUGAAACGACCAAAUAAUCAAACGCAAAUCAUUGUCUACGAAGUGAAUCGCAAUCGAACGCGUCACCAUAAAAUGUGCGAAUUCACCGUUGCUUAUCCGGUGCAAAGUCUUCAAAUUCUGUCCGACAUGCGAUUAGCGGUUGGACAUCAAAGCGGUUUCACGGCAUAUUUCCUACAAGGCGAAGCACAAGCAAUGUCUUUAGUGCAUCCAGAGAAUCAGCUGUGCGCAUUUCUCAAUUAUUCGGGCGUUGAUGCGUGGCGAGUCAUUGAGAUUCCUGGCCAUGGUGAAUUUUUGCUCGUAUUCCAAACGCUUGCGAUUUAUGUUGACCUUCAAGGGCGUAAAUCACGUGAUAGAGAAAUUAUGUAUCCUGCAUUACCAACACAUAUAACUUAUUGUGAUGGUCAUUUACUAGUCUUUUCCGAAACACAUUUGGAUAUUUUCAACACACAGACAGCCGAUUGGGUCCAAUCGAUUGGAUUGAAACGAUCACGUCCAUUGGCUAACCAUGGAAAUGUGGCCGUCACAUACAUCAAUGACCAGGCGAUGGUCAUCUAUCUGGCAAACAUGCAUACAAGAGAGUUAAUCAACACUCAUGGCGACCGAGAAGGUCGAGUGAAACCAAAACGACGAUUCUCAUUGCGGGAAACCAACAAUCGACCGGCACGAACGACGGAUCGACGAUCAAAAUUAAUUUCAGCGCCAACGAACUUCAAUCAUAUAUCACACAUGGGCCCGGGUGAUGGUAUACAAAAACAACGACUUCUGGAUUUGCCAACCACCAUCGAAACGGCCGAUCAAACGAACCAAAGAGUUUCAACAUCGAUGAGACAUGCUCCGGCACCACCACGACAAGCACAAAGGCCUAUUCUACCACCAUACAACGGUGCUAAGCGAGCUGCACCGCAACGUCCACGUGAACAGCCACCAUCUUUACCAGAUCACCAUCUGGGCAGAUCACCUAGUCCAUUGGGCAGUAUGUCUUCCUUACAUGACGUUUUGAAGGUAAAUGAAACAUUAUAAAAAAAAAACAAAUCUCGCAUCGUGUUAUUAUAUCUGUUUUGUACUUAUAAAUCAUAUACUGUAGCAUUACAAAUAAGAAUUGCAAGAAUUAAACAAACAAACAAAGAAAAAUCAAGAGCAAAAAAAAAUCGUUACAAAAUUAAUUAAAUAAUAUAAUUGAAAGAAAGAAAGAAAAAAAUAUAUAAAUAAUAAAAACAUUUGACCUAUUUGAUGUAGUGAUUCAUCAUUAUUUUGUGUCUAAUUUGUUUUUUAUCGACAAACAUUUUGUAUACAUAUUAUAUUACUCCUUUUUUUUUAAAUGUGCUAUACAUAUUCAAAAAGAAAAUAGGACAAUUUGAAAUAUUUAUUAUUGCUUUUUAUCAGUUUUUUUUUAUUAUUAUUAUUAUGAUUAAAAUUAUAUCAGUGCUUUGUUGAGCUAUUGAAGGGCAUCCAACAGACAAAACAAAGAUUUAUAAGUGAAAAAAGCAAACAAAUUAGAUUAGUCCUAUAAAUAGAAAAAAAAAAAUAUUUAUUUCUUUUUUUAUAUCGUUUAUCAUUUUGUAAACAAAACCAAUUUCGUAAAUGUAUUAAAAGGAAACUUUUUUUUUACUCUGCUGUUCGUAUAAACAAAAAAAUAUACAUACUGAUUCGAAUUUUUUCUUUGGCUGAAUGUAGUCGCUUCCAGAAAAGAAGUUACAUAGUUGUUUUCUUUCAAUCGUAAUUUUGUUUUAUUGGUAUUUUGUUGCUUAUCUCUUCCCCCAUAUUGGUUUGUUUUUGUUUUUUUCUUUCUUGUUUAGUAAUAAAUGUUUGGUAUCGUUUGUGAUCAAUGCUUGCUCAAUGCCUGCUCAAUGCCUGUUUGAUCUUUUAGAUUGUCUUUUUAUUUAUUGUGUGUGUAUACAUAUAUUGCUUUCAGUUCUGUCGCUUCCCUACUUUGUUAUGUGAAUUUCUAUUAUUGCAAACAUUUUUAUAUGCGAAUUUAUUUUGUUAUUAUGUACGUAAACUUGGUUGGAAAAACUGCAACAUGUAUUCCUAUUUAUGACAUAUGGACAAUGUUGAUUGAAAUAAAAAAAAAAAACAGAAGAAAACAAACAUCCAUGUCUGAUUCUUAAUAUUCCAAAUCUGAUACUAACCGAAAAAAUAGGUCGUUGAUAUGCAGUCAACGGGUGGAUCACGUCAUAGUGUAGCCAGUAAUUCGAGUUCGGUAUCAAGUCCACCAUCACCAUUGAAUGAUCGUCUCAGCUCUAGCUAUGACUCCUAAGCCAUUUCUCUGCUUCAUCAUCAAUCGCCAAAACCAUCAAUCGACACCAUCCUCAACCAGUCACACUGCGUUUUUCUCUCCUCCUCCCCCCCCCCAUACAACGCUUAUACUCAAACAAACAGAAGAAAUAACUACUAACAAAUGCCAUCCAUCACAUCAAUUUCAAAUGACCAAUCAAAAAAACGCAACAGGAACAAACAACGUUUCGAGCAUCAAUAUAAAACACAGCCGUUAUUCUUGGUGAGAGAGCAAACAUAUAACUGGAAAAAUUACUGCGAACAUCUAUUUCGAAGAUACACGAAAAUGAAAAUGAAAAGUAAUAAAAAAAUACACAAACUCAAAAAGCAAAAA